AUGCAGUCGACAGGUGGAUGGCGACUGGCUCUCAGGGCAUGUGGAUCUGCCUGGGAUGUCUUGGAAGACGGCUUUAACCGUCGUGGACUGUUUCUCCUUGGCUUACCCAGACUUGCAGGGGACAUUGUCUCCCUGGGAGCCGGCGAGAGGGCAAGGGCAGAGCUGGCCGAUGGCGCAAUUACAACCUCAGAUGAACGGCUUUUUCCCAUGUCGCUCCACACGUCGGGAUCGGUUCUCCCAUCCACACCUUCACCUGACGCUGCAGCAUCGCCCAUGACCGUGAAUCAUUUCCACGGCAAGACUGGCCCGAUUCUCCCUUUUGGGUCAGGGGAGAGACUGGGCAGAGGAGAACAGCAACACCAGCGAGCCCACCCGCAGCCGCGACAGGGAUCUGAAGAGGGGAGGAGAGGGGAGGGGUUGAUCGACCCGUUCGUCCCUCGUGGCGGGCGAGGUCCCGUUCCUCCUCCAAGCUUUGAUCGGACCAGAGAGCGAGCGAGAACCCUCAGGAACAGCGAGAGGCGCCUGUUGAUCGAAAAUCACCGGGUGGGCCAUACUGGUUCGGGGAAUCCGGAACACUCCACCUGGGACCCGCGGGAGCAGAUCAUGACGGACCGCGGGUUUGCGGUUGCUUGGGUUGAUUCUGGUGUCGCCCCACUUGGCACGGUGAUCGGAAGAGAGCCCCGUCUGGAGGAGACAAAAGGGAACGGAGCAGGAGAAGGAGCAUAG